AAGGAAGGAAGGAAGGGGAGAGAGAGAGUGAGGGAAGGAAGGAAACUAUAAACCAAAAGAAGAAGGAAAACAUCUAUACCCUUUUAAUCAAAUGUUUAUCCUUUUCCAAAGCUGACAAUUGAAAAUCUGUGUGAGGCUUUCCUCAAUGAAAAGUGAUUAUGGCAUAGGCAAUUGAUUCAUAUAGUGGUGGACCAAAGGAAACGCCAUUUUUACAAAUGCAAAUAUAAGCACCUUCUUACAUGAAGACAAGAUCUCAGCCAAGAGUCGUCUUGUGAUCAAUGAAGAAGUCAGCAUCUCGAAGAAGGAGCAGAGUACAUUUGCUAUCAUAUAACAGAGGAACUAAGAAACUCUCCGGCUGCUGUUUUCCCAGUCGUGGAAUAUCUACAAAGAAAGAGGAAUCUGCGUGGAAUCUAGAAACCUUUUGUGGCAUGCUAAUAAAGUUGGAACUGUCGUCAUGUUCCAAUACAACAGCGAAAUGGCUGUCCAUGAGAGAGACCAAAAAAAGUGGGCCCUGAUCCGGAAUGUCAACCAAGCCUUGAAAGCCCCCACCUUGUUAUCGGGGGACUAUGUAUGGAUGGACCUCAAGACUGGCCGGGAAUUUGAUGUUCCCAUCGGAGCAGUGGUCAAGCUAUGUGAUUCCGGGCAGAUCCAAGUGGUAGAUGAUGAAGGAAAUGAACACUGGAUAUCCCCUCAGAAUGCCAGUCACAUCAAACCAAUGCACCCCACCUCUAUCCAUGGAGUGGAGGACAUGAUCCGCCUGGGAGACCUGAACGAGGCUGGCAUUCUGCGCAACUUACUCAUUCGCUACCGGGAGCAUCUGAUCUAUACAUACACAGGCUCGAUACUGGUGGCUGUGAACCCUUAUCAGCUACUCCCAGUCUACUCACCAGAACAGAUACGCCUCUACACCAACAAAAAGAUUGGGGAGAUGCCACCCCACAUCUUUGCCAUUGCUGACAACUGCUACUUUAACAUGCAGAGGAACAACAGAGAUCAGUGUUGCAUUAUAAGCGGUGAAUCAGGUGCAGGGAAGACAGAAAGCACCAAGCUGAUUCUACAGUUUCUGGCUGCAAUCAGUGGGCAACACUCUUGGAUUGAGCAGCAAGUCUUGGAAGCCAAUCCCAUUCUAGAAGCUUUUGGGAAUGCGAAAACGAUUCGCAAUGACAACUCCAGCCGAUUUGGUAAAUACAUUGACAUCCAUUUCAACAAAAGGGGUGCGAUCGAGGGAGCCAAGAUUGAGCAGUACCUGCUGGAGAAAUCCCGCGUUUGCCGACAGGCUCAAGAUGAGAGGAAUUACCAUGUGUUUUACUGCAUGCUGAAAGGAAUGACCCUGGAGCAGAAGAAGUUGUUGGGACUUAGGAAAGCAGCCGACUAUAACUACCUCUCAAUGGGUAACUGUAUUACCUGUGAUGGCAGAGAUGACAGCAAAGAGUACUCCAACAUCAGAGCAGCAAUGAAAGUCCUCAUGUUUACUGACACCGAAAACUGGGAGAUCUCCAAGCUUCUGGCAGCCAUUUUGCAUAUGGGGAACUUGCGGUAUGAAGCUCGAACCUAUGACAACCUGGAUGCCUGUGAGGUCGUUCAUUCUGCAUCUCUGAUCACAGCUGCUUCAUUGCUAGAGGUUGAACCUCAGGAUUUGAUGAACUGUCUCACCAGCAGAACUAUUAUCACAAGAGGGGAGACUGUCUCCACCCCACUCAGCAUGGAGCAGGCACUGGAUGUGAGGGAUGCUUUUGUCAAGGGAAUCUAUGGAAGACUUUUCGUGUGGAUUGUGGAGAAGAUUAAUGCUGCCAUUUACAGACCUCCUUCCCAGGAACACAAAAGUGUCAGGAGAUCCAUCGGACUCCUUGAUAUCUUUGGGUUUGAGAACUUCACUGUAAACAGUUUUGAACAGCUCUGCAUUAACUUUGCAAAUGAGAAUCUCCAGCAGUUCUUUGUCCGACACGUCUUCAAGCUGGAACAAGAGGAAUACAACCUGGAGAACAUCAACUGGCAGCAUAUUGAGUUCACAGAUAACCAAGAUGCACUGGACAUGAUCGCUAUAAAACCCAUGAACAUCAUCUCUCUCAUUGAUGAAGAGAGCAAGUUUCCUAAGGGAACAGAUGCCACAAUGCUGAACAAACUAAACUCCCAGCAUAAGCUUAACACCAACUAUAUCCCACCCAGGAACAACUAUGACACCCAGUUUGGCAUCAACCACUUUGCUGGAGUUGUGUACUAUGAAACAAAAGGAUUUCUGGAGAAAAACAGGGACACACUCCAUGGAGACAUCAUUCAGUUGGUCCAUUCCUCCAGAAACAAAUUCAUCAAGCAGAUCUUCCAGGCAGAUGUAGCCAUGGGGGCAGAGACUAGGAAACGGUCCCCGACUCUUAGCAGCCAGUUCAAGCGUUCUUUGGAGCUGCUGAUGAGAACCCUCAGCGUCUGCCAGCCGUUUUUUGUCCGUUGCAUCAAACCCAACGAGUACAAGAAGCCCAUGUUGUUUGACCGGGAACUCUGUGUCCGCCAGCUGAGGUACUCCGGGAUGAUGGAGACCAUCCGAAUCCGCAGGGCUGGCUACCCCAUCCGUUAUACCUUUGUAGAGUUUGUGGACAGGUACCGAGUACUCAUGCCAGGGGUGAAACCAGCAUACAAACAGGGAGACCUGCGGGGAACAUGUCAGCGCAUUGCUGAAGCUGUGUUGGGAAAAGACGAUGACUGGCAGAUUGGCAAAACAAAGAUAUUCCUGAAGGAUCACCACGAUAUGCUCCUGGAGAUAGAGAGGGACAAGGCCAUCACAGACAAGGUUAUCCUCAUCCAAAAAGUGGUCCGUGGAUUUAAAGACAGGUCCAAUUUCCUGAAAGUGAGGAAUGCAGCUCUGAUGAUUCAGCGGAACUGGAGGGGCCAUAACUGCCGGAGAAACUACGGUGCUAUGCGAGUUGGCUUUCUGAGGCUGCAAGCCCUCUACCGUUCCCGCAAACUCCACAAGCAGUACCACAUGGCUCGCAGGCGCAUCAUUGAGUUCCAAGCCAGGUGCCGGGGUUUCCUGGUACGCCGGGCCUUCCGCCAUCGCCUUUGGGCAGUCUUCACCAUCCAGGCCUAUGCCCGGGGCAUGAUUGCUCGCCGCCUAUAUAAGCGUUUGAAGGGAGAGUACCACCGCCGCCUAGAAGCAGAAAAGCUACGUCUGCUGGAAGAGGAGCGGCUGCGGAAGGAGAUGAGUGCAAAGAAAGCCAAAGAAGAAGCUGAAAAGAAACACCAAUUACGCCUAGCCCAGCUGGCACGGGAAGAUGCUGAAAGGGAAAUAAAGGAAAAGGAGGAAGCUCGACGGAAAAAGGAACUCUUGCAGAAAAUGGAGAAGGCCCGAAAUGAACCUGUGAAUGACUCUGACAUGGUGGACAAAAUGUUUGGAUUCUUGGGAACGACAUCUUCUUUGCCUGGCCAAGAAGGACAAGCACCUAAUGGCUUUGAGGAUCUUGAGAGGGUUUCAAAAGAACUGGAGGAAGAUGACCUGGAUACAGCCUUACCUUUGCCUGAGGAAGAGGAAGAAGACCUUUCAGAGUACAAAUUUGCAAAGUUUGCUGCCACGUAUUUCCAGGGCACAACUACACACACCUAUAUUCGCCGGCCUCUCAAGCAGCCACUCCUGUAUCACGAGGAUGAAGGAGACCAGCUGGCAGCCCUUGCAGUGUGGAUUACAAUCCUUCGCUUCAUGGGGGACCUUCCCGAACCAAAGUAUCACACAGCAAUGAGUGAUGGCAGCGAGAAAAUUCCGGUGAUGACCAAAAUAUGUGAGACGCUGGGGAAGAAGACUUACAAAAAAGAACUCCAAGCCCUUCAAGGUGAAGGAGAGAGUGCUCACAUAGAUAGUCACAAGAAGAACAGUGUACGCCACAAAUUGGUCUCCUUGACACUCAAAAAGAAAUCCAAGUUAACGGAAGAGGUGACCAAGCGCCUUCAUGAUGGUGAGUCUACUGUCCAAGGCAACAGCAUGCUUGAGGACCGGCCCACCUCAAAUUUGGAAAAACUCCAUUUCAUUAUUGGUAAUGGCAUCCUCAGGCCAGGAUUAAGAUCUUUGUUCCAUAUGGAUGAAAUUUAUUCAGAUCUGCCCACAGCGACCCAAAAUCCUUCCAAAAGCAGCCAUGCCAGAGGGUGGAUUCUCGUGUCUUUAUGUGUCGGAUGCUUUGCACCUUCAGAAAUUUGUCAAGAUCUCUCUUCCUACCUUGUGUUUCAUUUGUUCCGAUUCUUCUAUAUACAGGAAGAAGACUUGGCAGAACUGGCUUCCCAACAAUAUUAUGUGGAUUAUGGGUCCGAGAUGGUCUUGGAGCGGCUCCUAAACUUGAUCCCCUCCUACAUCCCAGACAGGGAGAUCACACCUUCAAAAACCAUUGAGAAGUGGGCUCAGUUCAUCAUUGCAGCUCAUAAAAAGGGAAUAUAUACACAGAAGAGAACUGACCCCAAAAAAGUCAAGGAGGAAGUGGUGGAUUUUGCCCGUUUCAAGUGGCCGUUGCUGUUCUCCAGGUUCUACGAAGCUUUCAAGUUCUCAGGUCCUAGCCUUCCCAAAAAUGAUGUAAUUGUAGCUGUGAAUUGGACAGGAGUAUACUUUGUAGAUGAACAAGAACAAGUCCUUCUGGAACUUUCCUUUCCAGAGAUCACGGCUGUCUCCAGCAGUAGAGGGGGAAAGCUCCAGGGACAGAGCUUCACCUUGGCCAAUAUAAAAGGUGAUGAAUACACAUUCACUUCCAACAACGCAGAAGACAUCCGGGACCUUGUGGUGACCUUUCUGGAAGGGCUGAGGAAAAGAUCAAAAUAUGUUGUCACACUUCAGGACAACCCAAAUCCUAUGGGUGAAGACUCAGGUUUCCUCAGCUUCCUCAAAGGAGAUUUGAUCAUCUUGGACCAAGACACAGGAGAAAAUGUGAUGAACUCUGGCUGGGCCAAUGGGGUCAAUGAGAGGACCAAGCAGAAAGGAGACUUCCCAACGGAUUCAGUUUACGUCCUGCCCACAGUAACCAUGCCUCCUUUGGAGGUUGUGGCCUUGGUUACAAUGACUCCAGACCAGAGACAGGAUGUCAUAAGGACGGCUCAGCUGGUGAUGUCUGACAGUGAGGAGCGGAUGAAGCCGUAUACCCUGGAAGAAUUCUCCUAUGAUUAUUUUAGGCCUCCUCCCAAGCACACGCUAAGCAGAGUCAUGAUCACCAAAAACCGUGGGAAGGACAAGAUGUGGUCUUACACCCGGGAACCAGUCAAGCAGCCAUUGCUGAAGAAGAUUCUGGGCAGUGAGGAGCUGUCACAAGAAGCCUGCAUGGCAUUUAUUGCCGUCCUGAAGUAUAUGGGUGACUACCCCUCCAAGAGGACCAGAUCAGUCAAUGAGCUCACAGACCAAAUAUUUGAAGGGUCCUUGAAAGCAGAACCACUCAAAGAUGAGAUUUAUUCUCAGAUUCUGAAGCAGCUCACUGACAACCACAUCAAGUAUAGCGAAGAGAAAGGUUGGGAGCUGCUUUGGUUGUGUACAGGCCUUUUCCCCCCUAGCAACAUCCUCCUGCCCCACGUCCAGCGGUUUGUUCAGUCUCGGAAGCAUCACCCGCUCGCCAGUGACUGCAUACAAAGGCUACAGAAAGCCCUGAGAAAUGGAUCUCGGAAAUACCCUCCCCAUCUGGUAGAAGUUGAGGCCAUUCAGCACAAGACCACUCAGAUUUUCCAUAAAGUGUACUUCCCGGAUGACACAGAUGAGGCGUUUGAAGUGGAAUCAAGCACAAAAGCAAAGGAUUUCUGCCAGAACAUCUCCAACCGGCUGCUGUUGAAGUCAUCGGAGGGUUUCAGUCUCUUUGUCAAAAUCUCUGACAAGGUCAUCAGUGUACCUGAAGGAGACUUCUUCUUUGAUUUUGUCAGGCACCUAACCGACUGGAUCAAGAAAGCCAGACCAGCAAAAGAUGGGAUAGUGCCUUCUCUCACAUACCAAGUGUUCUUCAUGAAAAAAUUGUGGACAAACACUGUGCCUGGAAAGGAUUCAAUGGCUGACUCCAUCUUCCACUACUAUCAGGAAUUACCAAAGUACCUUCGAGGCUACCAUAAAUGCAGCCGGGAAGAAGUCCUUCAGCUGGGAGCCCUGAUCUAUAGGGUGAAAUUUGAAGAUGACAAGUCCUAUUUCCCCAGCAUCCCCAAACUCCUCAAGGAAUUGGUACCUGAGCCCCUCAUCCGGCAGCUGUCUCCUGAUGACUGGAAGAGGUCCAUCGUGGCCUAUUUCAACAAGCAUGCAGGUAAAACGAGAGAAGAAGCCAAGCUUGCCUUCCUCAAGAUUGUAUUCAAGUGGCCUACGUUUGGAUCAGCUUUCUUUGAAGUGAAGCAAACAACAGAUCCAAAUUACCCAGAACUCCUCCUGAUUGCCAUCAACAAGCAUGGUGUCAGCCUCAUCGAUCGCAAAACCAAGGAUAUUCUCAUUACUCACCCCUUCACAAAGAUCUCCAACUGGAGCAGUGGCAAUACCUACUUCCACAUUACCAUCGGCAACUUGGUGCGAGGCAGCAAACUGCUCUGUGAGACUUCAUUGGGCUACAAGAUGGAUGAUCUCUUGACUUCCUACAUCAGCCAGAUGCUGACAGCAAUGAGUAAGCAAAGAAACGCAAAAGGAAGCAAGUGAACUGAGAGUGAUCACUGGCCAAUGGCCCUGGCAUUGCUCUGCCAACUGAGGGCUGUGGGUUACCCCUGCAGUUGGGGGAAGACCUUCUCCACCCAAGUGUGGAAGAUGAGCAGGACCCCUUCAGAAAGCCUGUCGGACUCUGAUUCUGAGGACUGUGGAUUGACGUCCCCUUCAAGUGAGGAUGACUAUCUGUGAGAACAGCCUUUCAUUUUACACACGCACACACAGACAGACUUCCCCCCCCCCUCUUUUUCUGGAUUUAAGCCUCAACGCUUCGUCCAGACUGUGGUACAGCAAAACUCCGAUGGGGUUGUUUUCCAUAUGGAACCAAAGUGGCAAGAGUCAUCAAGGACUGAAUGUGGAAAGGCUGUGUAAUGCUUCUUUUAAGGUCUUUCACAACAAAAUUAUCAACAAAGAGAUUUAUGGACCAAGCCGCUGUGCUAGAAAUGGGAAAAUCUCAUUAAAAUCUGCUGGGUUUUUGUUUGACGGAAAGAGAAGAAAACAGUAUCUUCUUCUUUUUUCUUUUUUAAUUCCUUUUCAGAUAAAACUUUCAAGAGGCCAAGGAAAUGAUGUACAUUUCAUACACAAAAGGAAAAGAAAAAGGAUUAGUACCGAUUGAUCAAGCAGUGUGUAACAUAUGGGCCACAAAGCUUAAAUGUGCAAUAGCUGACCUUAUUUAAGGAGGUUUGGUUUUACAGUGUGUGUGGGUUUUUAAAAUUUCUUACUCCUUUUAUUUAUUUAACAUGGGUGGGGAACGGCUUUUCUCAACUUAGAA